AUGGCAAUUAGAAAACCAAACAAACUGUCACAAGCAGCAGUUUUGAAGCAAAUCCUCAAAAGAUGUUCAAGUUUAGGCAAGAAAAAUGGGUAUGACGAAAAUGACCUUCCAAUUGAUGUCCCUAAAGGACAUUUUGCUGUCUAUGUUGGAGAAUAUAGGAGCAGAUAUAUUGUUCCUAUUUCAUUUUUGACUCAUCCUGAGUUUCAGUGUCUUCUUCAACGUGCAGAAGAAGAAUUUGGAUUUGAUCAUGAUAUGGGACUCACUAUCCCUUGUGAAGAAGUCGUUUUUCGAUCUCUAACGUCGAUGAUCAGAUAA